CUGGCAACACUGCUCGACGCCGUGCCCAUGUUGGCGCGCUCUCUCGUUUUAACGUUUCUGUAUUAGUAGUAGUGUAUUAAUACCAACAGAUGACGGCUUACUAUCUAAAACAAUAACAACAACUUACAGUGCAGCUCAUGUCGGGUGCGAGAACCAUUUUUUCUCGGCACGAAGCGAUAUAGUAAUCGGAAGAAGAAGAACCGCAGCAGAAUCCAGUUGGAUUUUUGACAUUUCGGCCUCAGAGCGCCGCAUUUUGGUCAUCAGUCGAACGGUCAGUCGCGAGGUCGUCAGUUUGGCGCGCUGUUCUACAUGCGCAUAUUAUCUUGAAAUACACGGAUUCAUAUAAGUACAUACAUAUGUACAUUCAAAUAUAUAUACGCAUAGAUACAAUUUACGCAUACAUCCAUACUCACACAUUUGGAGAUGCGCCUGCAAGCCCCACGGAAGUAUCGGCCAAGCGAACAGUGAAUUUAGCAGUGAUGUGAAUUUGCAGUGUUUGCGAAAAUGCAAUGCAAUGAUUUAUUUUCUUUAAAAGUUUGUGGAAAAUUGUACGCAUUUGAGAGUUUUGAUUAGUGGAAGAGAAGAAUCAUCAAUAAAAAGUGAUCAAUAUUUAUAUACAUAUGUAUGUAUUCGGUGCUGCUUUUGAAAUUCCGUCGCUGCCAAAACCGGGCUGUGCGCGAAGUGCGCAAAGCAAAUAAAACGAAACGAGUAAAACGAAUGGCCAGCAGGCGGAAGAGCGGAAAUGGAGAGAUCUUGGCGUUGUAUGUGUCACGCGAGUACAAAAAUGCCGUCGGAAUUGUGCGCGAAAAUAAUUGAAGCUGCGACCAAAUAGAAGUGCAAAUUAAAAUUUUCAAAUUGAAAAAUCUAACAUAAGAGCACUCUAAGCGCUCGAAAAUAUUAAAAUUAAACGAAUAAAAAAAUCAAAUAUUGUGUGUGAAUGGAAUGGAUAACGUGCCAAAUUGUGAAGAAAAUAAUAGAUCAACACAAAUUAUACAAGUGUGAAAAGUGUAAAUGUGUAAGAAAAUAUAAGGUGCAAUUAAACUAGCUUCCGCUAAAAGCAUUCUAUUAAAGCAUUAUACAUAUGUAAGUUAUUGCGGUGUUAUUACUUGGUUCCGCUGGUGUUGCAUCUUACUUCGAAUGAAGCUGAAACCAGGGCGCGUUCGCAUAUGCAACAUUCAAUUCCAUUUGAUCUCACCUGCCUCGCCGCUGCUUCAACUGUAUUCGCCAUUGAUUUUUACGAAUUUUGGUUAGCGAGCUAAGGACUGCCGCCCUACCCACUCCACCACCUUCGGUAGAAGGCAGUGGCCGAUAAACGUUUAAAGAAAAAAUGACUGAAUACGUUACGCCAAAUAUACACACAGUGCUGAAGAAAUAUCAGACAAGUGCACCAAAAAGCUUGCAAGGACCUGGCCAUGCGCUGACCGCCGCCGGCUGCCCAACCGGCUCCAACUGUCCGCUUGACGCCACUUUAACUGGUGUAAGUGGCAGCGGCGGCAGCAGCACCGACCUUAACAUUGCGGGUGCUCGCAAUCUUUGCGCUGGUCACCACUCGGCCGGGAUUCUACCACCUAACGGCCUAGCAAGUAACAAACCACACUGUCCGUUAAUAGUGUCGUCAUCACCAACCUGCUCCAAGUCACCAAAUUCGGGCACAGCAUUGCCACCCGCUGUACCACUCAUUAAAAAGGAGGUGCUCAGUUCGCCCGAGCCGCAUGAGCUGGGUGACACAUUGCCACCACAAACGCUGCCGCUUCCGUUGUCGAUGUCGUCACAAACCACACAAUCCCCAACCCAAACAGUUCCACCUCAACCUCCCCUAACCACGGUCAAGAUCAUACCGCCUCCACCACCGGAAUUGUCACAACCUAUAUUUACCGCACCAGAUUCGGGUUCUGGUGUAUUAUACGAAACGCGUCUGGAGGGUAAAACAAUUGGCUGCUUCUCGCUGGGCGGGGAGAUGCGUUUGUGCCUGCCACAGUUUCUUAAUAAUGUGCUCGCCGAUUUUACACUUGAUCAAAUAAACCGCAUAUUCGAUGAGCUCGGUAUCUAUUGUUCACAGUGUACACCUGAUCAGUUGUUGGAAUUUAAAGCCGCGAAGAUUUUGCCACCUGAUGUUAAGGCAUCUGGUUUGAUAACACGCACCGAUGCGGAGCGUUUGUGUGCUGCUCUUUUAAAUCGUGUCGAUCGAAAUAGUUACAUCAAUGAUGACGAUAUCCCAAAAGGUGCCAUUUCGUUCAAAGUUUACCACCGCUGUUUUGGAAAGUGUGAUGGUAUUUGUACACCCGAUUUGUACUCAUACACUAAGCCUACUUGCAUAAUGUGCUUGGAGUGUAAAGGCUGGUUCUCGCCGCAAAAAUUUGUCGGACAUGUACAUCGGGAAGUUGAAAACCGUACAUGUCAUUGGGGAUUCGAUUCACGUAAUUGGCAUGACUAUCUGCAUGUUGCGUUAGACGUCGAAAAUCGAGAAAAAUACCAGAAGAUUCUGGAUGAGCUAAAGGAGGUCGAGAUUAAGGAAGCGCUAAAGGCACAAAACGAAUUGCUCUACAUGAAACGAAAGGUACGUUAAGACUAAGAAAUUUGUAUUUUUAUAAACUAAGUCUAAUAUAUAGAA